AUGAUGUCUGUUUCAUAAGUUGAUACUUAUUUCAGUUUUGGAAUCUCAAAUCUAAAUAUUAUGAUCUAAAGAUGUUAACCUUUAUGCAAAACUUGUAUUGGUCCUAAUUAGAAUGAUUGUACUGAAUGGAUAAUUGAAUAGAAUUCAUACAAUCAAAAUUGUAAUGAUGGUUAUAUAUUUGACAUCGAAUAAUAAAAAUGUUUAUUAUGUCCUAUGGGUUGUCAGAAAUGUUUAGAUUAAGUAACAUGUUUGAAAUGUGAAGAUACAUUUACAUAAUAAGGAAGCAGUUGUUAUUGUUUGAAUGGAUAUAUUGAUGAAUUUACAUUAGAUUGUAUAGGUAUGUUAUUUUAUUAUAUCUUAUUAGCAAAUAUAACUAAUCCUUUAUGA